CGGGCGCGGUGCCGCCUCCGGCCGCUGCCGUGGCGGGCGGGCGGUGCCAGAGGCGGAGCCUCCUGCUCGGCCGCCGCGGGGCCGGGGCUGCGGAGCCUGAACGGCCGGCGCCCUCACCAUGGCUGCGGCGAUGAGGCAGAGGUUUGACCGGUUCCUGCACGAGAAGAACUGCAUGACCGCCGUGCUCGAGCGGAUCGAGAGCAAGACCGGCGUCAACCGCACCUACAUCGCCACCGCCGUCGUCGGGGCGGUGGCCGUGUACCUGGUGGUGGGCUACGGCGCGUCCCUGCUCUGCAACAUCAUCGGCUUCGGCUACCCCGCCUACGUCUCAAUCAAGGCCAUUGAAAGUCCCAACAAAGAUGAUGACACACAGUGGCUGACUUACUGGGUCGUGUAUGGUGUUUUCAGCAUAGUGGAAUUCUUCUCUGAUAUCUUUCUCUCCUGGUUCCCUUUCUACUACAUGCUAAAGUGUGGCUUCCUGUUGUGGUGCAUGGCUCCAAGCCCUUCUAAUGGGGCAGAGUUCCUCUAUCAUCGAAUUAUCCGGCCUUUCUUCCUGAAGCACGAAGCUCAGCUUGACAGCGUUGUUCAGGACCUGAAAGACAAGGCUGCAGAGACUGCAGAUACCAUCACUAAAGAAGCCAAGAAAGCAACAGUGAACUUACUGGGUGAAGAAAAGAAGAGCACUUAAUUAACUGGAUGAAGUUUCCCUAUCACCUCCUUUAUGAAGCUUGAUGUUGCUGGGAACUGUGGUAUAAUAUUAAUAAUACUGCCUUGGACACAUUUUGAUAUAUUAAAGGAAUGUGUUCUAAGUUUGCUUACUACUUUGCUGUGUCUGAUAGAAAGUAAGCGGUUUUAUUUAAAGCAAUGCAGUGGGCAGCAUCUGAAGCUUAAUGAAAAUACCUUUGUUCAUCUUCAUGCAGAAGAAAUCUUCUAGUAAUCUCUUUCUGCAGUAACAUAAAUAAAAAAUAUAUAUCCCACAGGCACUGCA